AAAUUGCAUAUCAAACAUAUUCCCCACGGAUAGUGUCCUUCGUUCGCUGUGCCUUAUAUGGUCAUAUAUGCCCAUAUUUAGAAGUACUGGAGUUUCCCCUUUCGCGCUUCUCCAACAAACAUGGCGGCAAACACUGAUUCCCUAAAGACUCGUAGUGGAAGAAUUAUAAAGAAACCGGAUCGCUUGGUCAAAUAUUUAGACCAUUCCUCAGUUGAUACGUACGUGAAAGAAGAGAAAGAGGAAGAAGAAAAAGUCUGGGAGAUAGAGAGAGUUUUAAACGUUGAGGGAGACUAUGCCUUUGUGAAAUGGAAAGGCUACAGCGAUAGAUAUAAUUCUACGGUUUCUCUUUCAUUGAAUCCGCAGUUGUCAUGCUAUUUAGCCGUGAAUGCUGGGAACCCCGACAGUAGUGAGGUAGCAAGAGAAAAGCUUCCCAUUCUUUGCUCCGAGGAUAAGGAAUUGUGGCUGAUUCGACAUGCACUGUUCGAUGAGCUCCAAUUUCGUACACCCGAGAAUGACAUGGGACUCAUUCGGAGAGUACAAGUGAAAGUCCCACUUUCAAAGGGGGGUUUUUCCGCUUUGUUUGGUAAAGGGACAUUUUCUUUUGCUACCUCACGAAAGCUGGAUUUUUCAGGGACCCGUAAUAUUCGGUUCCCGUGCACUGCUGUCGAGUUUGGCACCGUUAUUGGUACGGAGUUUAUGGCUCGGCAACUGCCAGAUUCGAGUACAAUAUGUGAAGUUGACUCAUCUUCGAAGAUGUGGAUAUCAUGAGGAUACGAGCUAAGGAUAAAUUAUGAUCAUAGUUCGUGCCCCCGUUGUACUUACAUCUCUGAAUAUGGGUCAGAGGAAGAAAGGCCUAGUAUGUGUCGACCGCUAGAGCGCAAGUAUCCCCCGCUGAGCUUUUUGGAGAUCAGCUUCGUACGGCGUAGACGGAAUAUGCUUCACAACUAUGGCUCGUGACAUAUGAUCAAAUGAGGCUUGUGUCCUGCCAGUUCAACUAACCACAGGGAUGUAGAAUUACCUCAUCAAAUGUGGCCUUUCUAAAUUUGGUUCCCCAUUGGCGGGCCUUUUCUUGAAAAGCAUCUGCUCGAAGAUAUGCUUCAUCUCCAGGAUUUGCCCCAAGAGCAUCAGUGAGGACCAUCAAACUUUUCCACACUUGUGUCAGCUCUGAUAUGCUAAGAACUGUUUUCUCACAAGUGGGAGUGGACGAUGGCUACAAAACACAAAGCAAUUGUUAAAUUAGCUUUAUACACAGUAGUAUCCUGGGUGUGCUGGUCUUUUUUAUAAUGAAAAUAAAAAUCAUACCUCAAACACUAUGUUGUUGCGGUCAAGAUGAUCCUUGAGUGUGGCACGUAGGAAGUCCUUGGUGCCUGUCGACCUCAGAUGGAACUUCCUACAUUCCUCCACUAGCUGGGCUUUGGUCAGACAGUCAAGGCUGGUGAUGGACUUGUUCUCCAUGUCUCCUAGGAAGGCAUGGAUAUCAAGCCCCCUAAUGAUAGUUUCCAAAUCAUCACCUUUAUAAGGAAAAGAGGAUUCAAAGAAAAUAAAUAACGAAACUUUAUAGUAAUUUCAUAUUAGUUUCAGUUAUUAUAACAGUCUUUUCUAUUAGUCAGUUAUUUACUUACAAUCCAAAGAGCUCCACUUGGUUGUGGUUUUGCCACUGUCAUCCUGGACAUCAUAGAAACAAAACCUCACACCUGCAAAUACAAUAUGGCAA